AUGUCAACAACGUCUCUCGCUGUCUUCGCAGCAGUAGCGGCGGCAGUAACAACAGCCGCAGCGUUCCCAUCUUCCGGCCGCACGCGCAGUGGCGGCUACGGCUACGUGCGCAGUCCCGACCGCUCCGAGUCGCUGACGUCCCCACGGCCCCACGACCUCCUCGACGUGUCCGAUCUACCCGCGGCCUUUGACUGGCGCAACGUCAAUGGCACGCGCUACGUGACGAUCUCGCGCAACCAGCACGUUCCGCACUACUGCGGCGCGUGCUGGGCCUUUGCGGCCACGUCUGCCCUCGCCGACCGCCUUCACAUUGCCAAAGACCGCUACCCGCGGAACAAGUCGCCGGUCGAAGUGCAUCGAGAAGUUGUGCUGUCGCCACAGGUGCUCCUCAACUGCGACCUGAAGGACAGCGGCUGCCACGGCGGUGACCAACUGGAAGCCUACCGCUACAUCCAGCAGCACGGCGUGCCAGAAGAGGGCUGUCAGCGGUACGCCGCGACAGGGCACGACACGGGCAACACGUGCACGAACGCAGACGUGUGCGAGAACUGCAUGCCCACGACGGGCUGCUUUCCACAGCAUACGUACGACAAGUACUACGUGUCCGAGUACGGGACGACGCUCGGCGAAGCGCAGAUGAUGGCCGAGAUCUACGCCCGGGGUCCCAUCGCCUGUACCGUUGCCGUCCCGGACGCGUUCCUCGCGUACGCUGGCGGUCUGUUUCACGACAGGACGAACGCCACGGACUUGGACCACGCGGUUUCGAUUGUCGGGUGGGGACGCGAGAACGACGUGCCAUUCUGGGUCCUUCGCAAUAGCUGGGGCAGCUUCUGGGGCGAAGCUGGCUGGAUGCGGCUCGUGCGGGGCGUGAACAAUCUCGGCGUGGAAGGCGAGUGUGCGUUUGGCGUGCCCAAAGAUGACGGCUGGCCCACUGCUGUGAGUAUGGAAGAAGACCAGGCUGUUUUGAACGAUGAAAAAGAGGGCAGAGACAAUGGCGUUUUGCAGGAGGAGGCGGUGGAGUCGAAGCUAGCAGGCUGUCGAACGAAACUGCAUUUCCCCGGCGGCGAACGGGUGAUUUCGCCGCUGCCUCAUGAAACAAUGGAGCUCAAGGAUCUUCCCAAGACGUGGGACUGGCGCAAUGUCAAUGGCAAGAACUACGUGACGUGGGACAAGAAUCAGCAUCUUCCAAAGUACUGCGGAAGCUGCUGGGCUCAGGGCACGACGAGCGCUCUGUCGGACCGCAUCUCCAUCCUGAGAAAUGCUUCUUGGCCAGAAAUUGCGUUGUCGCCCCAAGUCCUGAUCAACUGCCACGCUGGCGGGACGUGUGAGGGCGGCAAUCCUGGCAUGGUGUAUGAGUAUGCACACCGCCACGGUAUUCCGGACCAGACGUGUCAAGCUUACCAGGCGACGAACCAGCUGUGUGACCAGUUCGCUAUUUGUGAAACCUGCUGGCCGUCGAAGGAGUCGUUUUCUCCCGGCGUAUGUGAGCCCGUCAAGAACUUCACAAAGUACUUUGUCUCCGAGUAUGGUUCUGUCAGUGGUGUUGAUCGCAUGAAGGCGGAGAUCUACAAGCGUGGUCCCAUCGGCUGUGGAGUGCACGCCACAACGAAAUUUGAGGCGUAUACCGGUGGCAUCUACUCCGAGCAUGUCAUGUUCCCUAUCAUCAACCACGAGCUUUCGGUGGCCGGGUGGGGUUAUGAUGAGGAGACGGGCACGGAAUACUGGAUCGGGCGCAACUCUUGGGGAACGUAUUGGGGUGAGAACGGCUGGUUCCGUAUUCAGAUGCACCACAACAACCUUGGCAUUGAGCACGAAUGUGACUGGGGCGUGCCGCUCCCGGAUGGCUCGAAGCCUGCAGACUUUGUCGUGUCGGUUGACUACCAGGGCAAUGAAGAGGACAGUCCUGCGGCCAUGGCUAGCUUCCUGCACGUGAAUGACCAUGCCAUCUAA